GUUAGUUGCUUUUGCAAUCAAAGUCAAUCAAUGGAAACGAGUUUAACAAUAAAAAUAGAGAAAACAUAUUUAACUUUCGUGAUAAUAUUCUAAAAGUGCCUAAAUAUUAAUAAUUUCAAAUCAAUUUUUAAAUAAUAAAUAUGAUGUCUCUAAGUAUUCCAAGCUUGGGUGAAAAUGAACAAAUUUGCAUCUUCCUGGAAAGAGGAACUUUGAUAACAAAGUAUUAUCAGAAAAAGCGACCUGAAAAGAAAUGUUUGAGUUUAAGACGUGAAACUCGACAGGUGCUAAUCAACCCGAUCUCAGCAGCGGCCACCGCGUCAUCAUCAAGCAAUCCCUCGAGAAAUAAUUAUGAAUUUGCCCUUGAAUUGCGUGAAGUCAAAGAAAUCCGGUUCGGAAAGAAUUCAAAAGAUUUCGAGAAAUGGGAUGAAAGCAAGAAAGUUGAUUAUCAGAAAUGUUUUGUUAUCUUAUAUGGCAAUGAAUUCAAAUUGAAGACCUUUUCGGUAGUGGCACAUUCUGAAAAAGAGUGUGAGAUGUGGAUAAAGGGAUUAAAGUACAUGGUUAACGAUACAACACAUUCACCAUAUCCGCUUCAAGUUGAACGAUGGCUGAGAAAAGAAUUCUAUGCAAUGGAAAACACAAACAAAGCGGUGUCAUUAAAAGAGGUGAAAGCUUUUUUACCGAAAAUUAAUUUUAAAAUUUCCACAUCGGAGUUGAACAAACAUUUUCAAAUUGCCGACACAAGAAGACGAAAUGAGAUUGGCUUUGAUGACUUUACGAAAUUAUAUCAGAAUUUAAUUAAUGUUCCUACAUUUUUAAUGGAUUGCUUCAACAGUCCAAUGCCUUAUUCAGAAAAUACUGAAACAGUAACAUUAAAGGAGUUUCAGAAAUUCUUAUUAACUGAACAAGGCGAAGAAAAGGCAAAAGACGAUCAAUUUAUAUCAACUUUCAUUCAAGAAUUCGUACAAGAUACAUCACGUGAUGUUCAAGAACCAUAUUUCACAAUAAAUGAGUUCAUCGAUUAUUUAUUCUCGAAGCAGAAUGAAAUUUGGGAUAAUAAAUAUAAUCGAGUCUAUCAAGACAUGACGAAGCCUUUAUGUGAUUAUUGGAUUUCCUCAUCUCACAAUACUUAUCUCUUUGGUGAUCAAUUUUCAUCAGAAUCAUCAACUGAAGCCUAUGUUCGUGCGUUGCGAAUGGGUUGUCGUUGUAUUGAGCUUGAUUGUUGGGACGGUCCUGAUGGUCCGCUUAUCUUUCAUGGUCACACAUUCACAACAAAAAUUAAGUUUAAAGAUGUCAUUAAAAUAAUUAAAGAGCAUGCAUUUGUCACUUCACAAUUUCCUUUAAUUCUAUCAAUUGAACAAAAUUGUUCACUCGUUCAGCAACGUAAAAUGGCACAAUUAAUGAUUGAAGUGUUUGGUGAUAUGUUGUUGACACAACCACUUGAGAAAAACGAGACCAAAUUACCAUCACCGCAUGCACUUAAAAGAAAAAUCAUUUUGAAGCAUAAAAAGCUUGUUUAUUGUGAAGGAUCUAGUCACAAUGCAUUCUUUGUUGAUGAUAGCAAUGGCACAUCGAAUAACAAUCUCAUGAGACAAGACGAAAAUGAACUUGACAUUAGAAAUACCGUUAAGAGUGGAAUUCUUUAUCUUGAAGAUCCAGUUGAUAAGGUUUGGAAUCCACAUUUCUUCGCGUUGACACCGCACAAUAAGAUCUUUUACACCGAUAGCUACAAGCUUGAUCGCGAUGACGUUCGUGAUGAAGAAGUUGAAAGUUUAGCUCGUUCUAAAGAGCCGGCAACAAACGAUGAAUUGCAUUUUGGAGAAAAUUGGUUUCACGGUAAAUUAUCUGGUGGAAGGGAAGAAGCUGAAAGUCUUUUACGUCAAUAUUCGCAUCUUGGUGAUGGAACAUUCCUCGUACGAGAGAGUGUAACAUUUGUCGGCGAUUAUUGUUUAUCAUUUUGGAGGAAAAACAAACCAAACCAUUGCAGGAUUAAGAUAAAGCAAGAGAGAGGAAGCACCAAGUACUACCUGUUCGAAAAUGUUUUGUUUGACAACCUUUACAGCUUGAUUAUGUAUUAUCGUCAAAAUGUGUUGAGGUCGUCAGAGUUUUCAAUUAUGUUGAAAGAGCCGGUACCGCAACAAAACAAACACGAAAUGUGUGAAUGGUAUUUUCCAACAGCAACAAGGGAACAGUCCGAGCUUAUUUUAUCACACAUGCCAAAUGAUGGAAGCUUUUUGGUGAGACCAAGCGAUAAGGGCCAAAAUACUUUUGUCAUUUCGUUCAAAGCUCAACAGAAAAUCAAACACUGUUUGAUUAAAAGUGAAGGACGGUUAUAUGAAGUCGGCUCAAUGAAAUUUGAAAGCUUAAUCGACUUAAUCAAUUAUUACAUGAAGUUUGUACUUUACGGUAAGGUAAAGUUGAGUCAUCCCGUAUCGAAAGAUAUUGUUAAGCGAAUGGGAAAUCUAACACUUCUCGAAGACGACAAUGCUUACACAUCUUCUGGUUAUAUGGAUCCAUCGACAGUUGCUAGAGAUAAGGUAACGGUGAAGGCGCUUUAUGAUUAUAAAGCACAGCAUGACGACGAGCUUUCAUUCUGUAAACACGCGAUAAUCACGAAUGUUGAUAAGAAAAAUAAUCAAUUGUGGUGGACUGGAGAUUACGGUGGAAAAAUUCAGCACUAUUUUCCAGCGAAUUAUGUUAUUGAAAUCACCGGAGUUGAUGGUUUCGAUGGAAAUGACACCAACAACGACACACUUCUCGGAAAUCUUCAGAAAGGAGAAAUCGAUGUUAGUGGAGCUGUUGUUGAGCUUGCUGUUCUUCCAGGUGGUGAAGUUGAAUGGAUGAUUCGUAUUCACACACCUUCAAUGCAAAACUUUUUUGAAAUUGGAGCAGCAACAAAAGAACUUGCUGUUGAAUGGAGAAAUGCAAUCAUGGAAGCAGCACAAAAUGCAAGUGUUCUGGAAAAUGAAAGAAGAAAAAUGGAACGGAACUCGAAAGUGGCAAAAGAAAUGUCAGAUCUAAUCAUUUAUUGUCGUAGUGUGCCAUUCAAAAAUGCUGGAUGGUUGUUUUAUGAAAUGUCGUCGUUCGCUGAAACGAAAGCAGAAAAAUAUUUCCUACAACAGGAAAUCAAACUUUUCCUUCGCUACCAUCGAAAUCAAAUCAGUCGCGUUUAUCCGAAAGGUCAACGGCUCGAUUCAUCGAAUUUCCAUCCAAUUGCUUUCUGGAAUGUCGGAUCACAGAUGAUUGCUUUGAACUUUCAAACGCCCGAUAAGCCAAUGCAAAUUCUAAUGGGAAAGUUUCGUGACAAUGGCGCGUGUGGUUUUAUUUUAAAGCCAAGUUUCAUGCAGAGAGACGAUUAUGAUCCCAACGAUCCAUCUUGCGAAGACCUUGAUCAGGUGCUUGUGACUUUGCGUAUUAUUGCAGCUCGCCACUUAUUUAAAAGCGGACGUACUAAUAUAUCAUCGCCAUUAGUAGAAGUUGAAGUUCUUGGCGCCGCUUACGACUCGGGGAUCAAGCUGAGAACGAAGGCUAUCUCUGAUAAUGGCUUUAAUCCGAUUUGGAAUGAAUUAUGCGAAUUUAAAAUUAAAAAUUCUUCAUUGGCUUUGCUACGUUUCGAAGUUCAGGAUGAAGAUAUGUUUGGUGAGAAGAAUAUGAUCGGCCAAACGACGUUCCCUCUCAAUUGUCUUCGCACUGGUUAUCGAAGCAUUCCUUUACGCAAUAAAUACAGUGAAGAACUUGAACUAGCAGCACUUCUUGUGCAUUUCUCUAUCAAACAAAUUAAAGAUCGUUAAUUAUAAAGAAAUAUAUUUCUCAAUUUUAUAUUAGAUUAUCCACAAUGUGCAAUUAUUUCUAUUUUAAAUAAAACUUUUAUGCACCAAUGAGAAUUUCUUGCGAAAAUAUUUUAAUGUAGUUUUGAAUAUCUGAAUAAAUAAAGGAUUAAAAGAUAAAUUGAAGGAAUGUCUAAAGAGUUUAAUUGAUUCUUUUGAAUUU